GAGAGGCUCCGUGAUGCCCGCAGGGGUCGCGACCCUCUCACCUGGCCGCUCUCCGGGACUUCCGGCUCGGCGCGGUGACGCGGCGGGGUCGCGCCCCACGUGACCGCACACCCGGAAGCGGCGCGGAGCGGCCGCCGGUGCCGCCCCCGGUGCCGCCGCCGCUCCCGUCAUGUGAAGCGGCGGGACGGGAUCCCGCAGGUCACGAUGGAGCCCUCGGCCUCGCAGGUGUUCUGCGGGAGGGUGCUGGGCAUGGUCAACGCCGAGGACGUCAACGCCAUCAUCCUGGCCCAGAAAAACAUGUUGGAUCGCUUUGAGAAGACCAACGAGAUGCUGCUCAACUUCAACAACCUGUCGAGCGUGCGCAUGCAGCAGAUGAGCGAGCGCUUCCUGCACCACACCCGGACCCUGGUGGAGAUGAAGAAGGACCUGGACAGCAUCUUCCGCAGAAUCCGGACGCUCAAAGGGAAGCUGGCAAAGCAGUACCCGGAGGCUUUCAGCAACAUCCACGAGUCGCCCAUCCUGGAGGACGACGACGACUUCGACGCCGUCCCCAAGAGCACCACGACCACCAUUGCUACCUCGGAGCAGAGCACGGAGUCCUGUGACAGCAGCCCCGGCCUCAUCUCCCCCACCACCAGCCAGGAGUUUGAGGAUUUGUCGCAGGGCCACUGCGAGGGCCCGGCCCUGAACGGACAGAGUCUCACAGACGAGGACACGGCCACCCUGGACUAGGCCGGGAGCCCCUGUGGAACUUUCUAGCCUGUAUUUAUAGCUGUGUGUCGCUCUUUUGGGGUUUUUUGGGGUUUUUUUUUUUUUUUCCUGUCUUGGGAAGAGGGAAGCCAAGGCUGGGAGAAGCUGAGGGAGGA